AAUAAUGAACCGAUUUUUCAAAUACAAAUUGAUCAAGUUAGUAACGGCCGGCAGUGUAUUGGCCGGCGGUUGUGGUGGUCUAUACUAUGCGCUAAACGAAUCGGUAAAUGCGGCCGAUCUGGAGCUACAUUCGACACCCUAUCCGUGGCCACACAACGGCUUUCUCCAGAGUUUCGAUCACUCGGCCAUCCGUCGCGGUUACGAAGUGUACAAACAGGUGUGCGCCGCCUGUCAUGGCUUGAAGUAUGUCACCUAUCGUGAACUGGUCGGCGUCUCGCAUACGAAAGCCGAAGCCCAGGCCGAAGCGGCCCAGAUUCAGGUCAAGGACGGACCCGGCGACGACGGCAAAAUGUUUAACCGCGAGGGCAAACUAUUCGACCGAUUUCCCAGUCCAUACGCCAAUGAAGAGACAGCCCGAUUGGCCAAUAACGGAGCCCUGCCGCCCGACUUGAGUCUUAUUGUACUGGCCCGACACGGCAACGAGGACUAUAUAUUUUCGCUGUUGACCGGCUAUUGUGAUCCGCCGGCCGGCGUACACAUGUCCGACGGUAUGCAUUUUAAUCCGUACUUUGCGGCCGGCAACGGACAGACGGCAAUGGCUCAGGCAUUGUAUAACGAAACUAUCGAGUACUCCGACGGUACGCCGGCCACACAGUCUCAGAUGGCCAAAGAUGUGGUCACUUUUUUGAGUUGGGCCGCACAGCCGGAACACGAUUUAAGAAAAAAGAUGUCCAUCGAUGUCAGUAAUCAAUCAUUUUUUUUUAAAUAUGUCAUUAUAUACUGUAUAUAUAUAUAACUAAAUCUCUUUUAUCAUAUAUCC